ACCAAUGAUGCCUUAGGAGCCACCUGGAACUGGCUGUACUUCAUCCCCCUCAUCAUCAUCGGAUCCUUCUUUGUCCUCAACCUUGUCCUGGGAGUGCUGUCAGGGGAGUUUGCCAAAGAGCGUGAGCGAGUGGAGAACCGCCGAGCCUUCAUGAAGCUGAGGCGUCAGCAGCAGAUCGAGCGGGAGCUCAACGGUUACCGGGCCUGGAUAGAUAAAGCAGAGGAAGUCAUGCUGGCUGAAGAGAACAAAAACGCUGGGACCUCAGCCUUAGAAGUGCUCAGGCGAGCCACCAUCAAAAGGAACCGGACGGACGCCAUGAACCGUGACUCGAGUGACGAGCAUUGUGUCGAUAUCGCCUCUGUGGGUAACCCCUUGAGUCACUCUGGCCUCAAAGGUGCCAGAGUAGACGGUGCCUCCUACUUACGGCACAAGGAGCGACUCCUGCGCAUCUCCGUUCGCCACAUGGUGAAAUCCCAGGUCUUCUACUGGAUCGUCUUGAGCCUGGUGGCUCUCAACACUGCCUGCGUGGCCAUCGUCCAUCACAACCAGCCAGCCUGGCUCACCCACUUCCUCUACUAUGCAGAGUUCCUGUUUCUUGGGCUCUUCCUUCUGGAGAUGUCGUUAAAGAUGUACGGGAUGGGGCCGCGCCUUUACUUCCAUUCUUCCUUCAACUGCUUCGACUGUGGGGUCACAGUGGGAAGCAUCUUCGAAGUGGUUUGGGCUAUCUUCAGGCCAGGAACCUCUUUUGGGAUCAGUGUCCUACGAGCCCUUCGUCUCCUGCGAAUAUUUAAAAUAACCAAGUACUGGGCAUCCCUGAGGAAUUUAGUGGUCUCACUGAUGAGCUCCAUGAAAUCUAUUAUCAGCCUGCUCUUCCUCCUCUUCCUCUUCAUUGUAGUCUUUGCCCUGCUGGGAAUGCAGCUGUUUGGAGGCAGGUUUAACUUCAUCGAUGGGACGCCAUCGGCCAACUUCGACACUUUCCCCGCAGCCAUCAUGACGGUGUUCCAGAUCCUGACGGGUGAGGACUGGAACGAGGUGAUGUACAACGGCAUCCGCUCCCAGGGAGGCGUUCGCUCAGGCAUGUGGUCCUCCAUCUAUUUCAUCGUCCUCACCUUGUUUGGAAACUAUACUCUGCUGAACGUGUUCUUGGCCAUUGCGGUGGACAACCUGGCCAACGCUCAGGAGCUCACCAAGGAUGAGCAGGAGGAAGAGGAGGCCUUUAACCAGAAGCACGCCCUUCAGAAAGCCAAAGAAGUCAGCCCCAUGUCUGCCCCAAACAUGCCUGCUAUCGAAAGAGACAGGCGGAGGAGACACCACAUGUCGAUGUGGGAGCCACGCAGCAGCCACCUGCGGGAGCGUCGGCGUCGGCACCACAUGUCGGUGUGGGAGCAGCGCACCAGCCAGCUGCGCCGGCACAUGCAGAUGUCCAGCCAGGAGGGCAUCAACAAGGAUGAGCCGCCCCUCAUCAACCCCCACGCCAGCAUCUUCCGCAGGAAAAAAACGGGGGACGGCGUCACCCUGGAGAAAUGUGCCGAGGAGCAGGGUGGCAAGGGCGAGCGGCCGCUGGCUGAGGGGCCCAAGCAGAUGAGGCAGAGCCAACGGCGCAGCCGGCACCGCAGAGCCCGGAUGGAGGGGAAGGAGCCGGCCGGCACCCUGGGAAGCCGCUCAGCCAGCCAGGAGAUGGGCCUGGAGGAGGCCAGCCCCACGGAGGGGGCGCAGGAUGGGGACCGGUGUGCGGACGUGGCCGCAGCAGAGGCACUGAUUCAGGGGGAGCCGGAGGAGAGGGAAGACGGACAGCCUGAUGGAGCAGGACUGCAGCAUAGUGAGCAAGCGCUGCUGGAGGCCAGCCGUACGGUCAGCCGGAGCGAGCCCGACCUCUCCUCCAUCACCCCCAACACCGAGAAGGCCACGGAGAGCACCACCAUCAUGAUCGAUGUCCACGACUCCGCUGUGGUACAGAUUAGCAACAAGACAGACGGCGAAGCCAGCCCCUUAAAGGAGGCUGAGACCAAAGAGGAUGAAGAGGAGAUGGAGAAGAAGAAGCGGAAGAAGGAGAAAAGUGAGACGGGCAAAGCGAUGGUGCCGCACAGCUCCAUGUUCAUCUUCAGCACCACCAACCCGGUGCGAAGGGCUUGCCACUACAUCGUGAACCUGCGCUACUUCGAGAUGUGCAUCCUCCUGGUGAUCGCCGCCAGCAGCAUCGCCCUCGCGGCGGAGGAUCCCGUCCUCACCAACUCCGACCGUAACAAAGUCCUGAGGUAUUUUGAUUAUGUCUUCACCGGCGUCUUCACCUUCGAGAUGGUUAUCAAGAUGAUUGAUCAGGGCUUGAUUCUGCAAGACGGCUCCUACUUCCGAGACCUCUGGAACAUCUUGGAUUUCAUCGUGGUGGUGGGAGCACUGGUGGCUUUUGCCUUGGCGAAUGCUUUGGGGACCAACAAAGGCCGGGAUAUCAAGACCAUCAAGUCUCUCCGUGUGCUACGGGUCUUGAGGCCCCUGAAAACCAUCAAGCGACUGCCCAAGUUGAAGGCCGUCUUCGACUGUGUUGUGACUUCCCUCAAGAACGUCUUCAACAUCCUCAUUGUCUACAAGCUCUUCAUGUUCAUCUUUGCUGUCAUUGCCGUCCAGCUCUUCAAGGGGAAGUUUUUCUACUGCACUGACAGCUCGAAGGACACGGAGAAGGACUGCAUAGGCAACUAUGUGGACCAUGAGAAGAACAAGAUGGAGGUGAAGUGCCGGGAAUGGAAACGCCAUGAAUUUCACUACGACAAUAUCAUCUGGGCUUUGCUCACCCUGUUCACAGUCUCCACUGGCGAGGGGUGGCCCCAGGUGCUGCAGCAUUCGGUGGAUGUGACGGAGGAGGACCGUGGGCCCAGCCGCAGCAAUCGCAUGGAGAUGUCCAUUUUUUAUGUCGUCUAUUUUGUGGUCUUCCCUUUCUUCUUCGUCAACAUUUUCGUGGCUCUCAUCAUCAUUACCUUCCAAGAGCAAGGAGACAAAAUGAUGGAGGAGUGCAGUCUGGAGAAGAACGAGAGGGCCUGUAUUGAUUUUGCCAUCAGCGCCAAGCCCCUCACGCGGUACAUGCCCCAGAACCGGCACACCUUCCAGUACCGCGUCUGGCACUUUGUGGUCUCCCCAUCCUUUGAGUACACCAUCAUGGCCAUGAUAGCGUUGAACACCGUGGUGCUGAUGAUGAAGUACUACUCUGCUCCAUACACCUAUGAGCUGGCCCUGAAGUACCUGAACAUUGCGUUCACCAUGGUGUUCUCCUUGGAGUGUGUCCUCAAGAUCAUCGCUUUCGGCUUCCUGAAUUAUUUCCGGGACACCUGGAACAUCUUUGACUUCAUCACCGUCAUCGGCAGCAUUACGGAGAUCAUUCUGACGGACACCAAGCUGGUCAACACCAGCAGCUUCAACAUGAGCUUCCUGAAGCUUUUCCGGGCUGCUCGGCUCAUCAAGCUGUUGCGCCAGGGUUACACCAUCCGCAUCCUGCUCUGGACUUUUGUGCAGUCCUUCAAGGCCCUUCCCUACGUCUGCCUCUUGAUCGCCAUGCUUUUCUUCAUCUACGCGAUCAUUGGGAUGCAGGUUUUUGGCAAUAUCAAACUAGAUGAGGAAAGCCACAUUAACCGGCACAACAACUUCCGCAGCUUCCUGGGCUCCCUCAUGCUCCUUUUCAGGAGUGCCACGGGAGAGGCAUGGCAGGAGAUCAUGCUGUCCUGCCUGGAGGCAAUCAAAGGCUGCGAACCGGACACGACAGCGACGUCCGGGCAGAAUGAGAAUGAGCGUUGCGGCACUGACCUGGCCUACGUUUACUUCGUCUCCUUCAUCUUCUUCUGCUCUUUCCUGAUGCUCAACCUAUUCGUGGCAGUCAUCAUGGACAAUUUUGAAUACCUGACUCGGGAUUCCUCCAUCCUGGGACCUCACCAUCUAGAUGAGUUUGUCCGGAUCUGGGCAGAGUAUGACAGAGCAGCGUGUGGCCGAAUCCAUUACACUGAGAUGUAUGAAAUGCUGACUCUUAUGUCACCACCGCUAGGCCUCGGCAAGAGAUGUCCUUCCAAAGUGGCCUAUAAGAGACUGGUGCUGAUGAACAUGCCCGUGGCCGAGGACAUGACAGUCCAUUUUACCUCCACCUUGAUGGCGCUGAUACGCACGGCCUUGGACAUCAAAAUUGCCAAAGGUGGUGCAGAUUGGCAGCAGUUAGACUCCGAGCUUCAAAAGGAGAUCCUGACCAUUUGGCCUCACCUGUCCCAGAAGAUGCUUGACCUGUUGGUACCCAUGCCAAAAACUUCUGACCUGACUGUUGGCAAAAUAUAUGCAGCCAUGAUGAUCAUGGAUUACUACAAGCAGAGCAAAGCGAAGAAGCAGCGGCAGCAGAUGGAGGAGCAGAAAAAUGCCCCCAUGUUCCAGCGCAUGGAGCCAUCCUCCUUGCCGCAGGAAAUCAUCUCCAACGCAAAGGCUCUGCCUUACCUCCAGCAAGACACCCUCUCGGGCCUGAGCAGCCGAAGUGGGUUCCCCUCGCUGAGCCCGCUCUCGCCACAGGAGAUCUUCCAGCUGGCAUGCAUGGAUCCGGCCCACGGGCAGUUCCAGGAGCACCAGUCUCUGGAGCCAGAGGUUAGGGAGUUUCAAAGAGUGCAGCCCUCUAACCGUGGCAGCUACCUUCCCGUGGACACUCAGGACCACGCUGUCUCUGGGAGGGCCUCCUCCAUGCCUCGUCUCACUGUGGAUCCCCAGGUGGUGACAGACACCAGCUCGAUGCGGCGAUCGUUUUCCACCAUCCGGGACAAGCGCACCAACAGCUCCUGGCUGGAUGAGUUCUCCAUGGAGCGCAGCAGCGACAACACCUACAAGUCCCGCCGGCGCAGCUACCACUCCUCGCUCCAGCUCUCCGCCCGACGCCUCAACGCUGACUCGGGUCACCGGUCCGACGGGCAUCGCUCAGGCGGCAGGGAGCGGGGCCGAUCCAAAGAGCGCAAGCACUUGCUGUCCCCCGAUAUCUCCCGCUGUAACUCUGAGGAGAGGAGUCCCCAGGCACACGACGAGUCGCCAGAGCGGCGACGCGAGUCCCGGUCACCCAGCGAGGGCAGGUCGCAGACACCCAACAGGCAGGGAAUGGGCUCCCUGAGCGAAAGCUCCAUCCCCUCCAUCUCGGACACCAGCACCCCC